UCUCUCUCCAAUUCCACCAUACCAAUUCACGCCCACACCACACCACACCAAUCCAAUUCGAUUUACACCAAUCCAAUCCAACAAUGCCCCCUCCACAAAACCACCAAUAAUGCCCCCAAGUCCAACCCAAACCCACCUCACCCAAUCCCAAAUAUCCAAGUUCAUCACAUCGCAUAUCCGCUCCCUGAACCUCCUUCCGCACGAGACGGUCGAGGGAAAGGAAUUGAUUGGGGUUUGUUUGGAGGGUCUUUCGGGAUUUGAGAAAGAGGAGGAAUUUGUUGGAGAAGAAGAGGGAGCGGGAGGGAAGGGAUUGGGAGGGAAGGGAUUGGGAGGGAAGGGAUUGAUAGGGAAGGGAUUGAUAGGGAAGGGAUUUGGAGAAAGAUAUAAAGCGGAUAGAGAGAGGAUCGUGCGGGGGAUUAGGUGUAUGAAGAUUGCGGGGGUGCUUAGGAUGUUUAGAUUUGGGGAUGGGGAGGGGGAGGGGAGGGUGGUGGGGUUUAGGUUGAGUGAUAAGCGGCAGAGUGGGAACAAUGAGGAGGAGGGGAAGGGUGAGGAAGAGGUGCUGAGGAUGGAGGAGGUUGGUUUGGGGGAGGGGGUGGAUGGUUAUGUGGUGGAUGGGGAGAAUAAUGAAGGGAGAGGGCAGGACGUGGAGGGGGGAGGGGAUGAGGAUGAGGAUGAGAGUUAUAGACCGCUAGAAGAGGAGACGCAAGAGGAUGAGACGCAAGAAGUGGAUACGCAAGAAGAGGUGGAGAUAUAUGCGCAUGAGGACGUGGAUGAGAGUUAUAGACCACAAGAAGAGGAGACGCAGGAAGAGGAAACGCAAGAAGAACAGACGCGAGAAGAGCAGACGCAGGAAGAAGAAGGUGCCCCGAGGGCAAGGAACACCGCAAGUCACGAAUGCCUAGAAGACAUUGGAGCAGAGGCGACUGCUGAGAGGUCCCAACUGUCCGAAGUGCCGUCUCUUGAAUUGCACAGAACCAGCGAGCAGGAGUCAAUUGAUCACGCAAAUCAAAUUCGCCGACAUAAAGAAGCAUAUAACGCCAUGGCAGCCAAUGCUGUACCUCUCAUCUCUCCUCCCUCCGAACAACCCUCCAUGCAAACCCCAUCACGAAAGAGAGCCCGCCCUUUCGAAGUAGCAGCCAGUGAUGAUAGCAGCAGUUUCGAUCCCAUCAGUCCCCAGAGAUAUGCGAACUCCACACCAAGACGUAGCGCAAAGAGAAUGCGUGCUGGCACAUCAUUGAGCGGGUCUCGACGAACAAGUGCGCCCGGAAGACUAUUUGCUUCGACUCGGAAGUGUGGAAGCCUGUCUGGCUUCGAGAAUCUGAAGUUAAGUGGGAGUCAUGGUAAAAGCUUCGGGGCGUUUGGACUCAAUGGCACGGCGAAUAUUUGCUUAAAGGAGGAGAAGAAGAAGGAUAAUUCUAGUGUGGAAGUUCGUGAGAUUGUCCGGGAUCUUCGCGACAAGUACCCUGACAGCAAAUUCGACACAGAUAAUGGGAUGAUAAAAUGCCUUGACUGUGAUCGGUCGCUAAAACCUACAUUCCAUGGUGUGGAGACUCAUGUAAGGGGUAAAGCACACCAGAACAAUAUCAAAGAGAAGAUCUCAAAUCCAGUGUCGAAGCAGAUGGCUUUCAAGGACACUACUUUGUUUCCACCGAAAGCAAUGGAUCUGGGAAUUGAUUUCAAUAUCCCUCAGCAGCCGCUGGCGGUUUAUGCUCAGAGAGCAGCUCAAAACUUGGCAGCUACGAGAGCCCAGUAUCUGAGUGCUCUGGAAAACGAGAAUCAUGCGGGCUCGAUACGGAUGUCGGUUUUAGAGUCACGGCAAGAGAAGGCUGAAAAGCAGAAUACUGCAAAUAUGGAGAAGUUGAAGUCUAGUGUCGUUACAUCUGAGGAGAAAGUCAAGACUCUAUCACAAGAUGUGACAGAGAAGUUGGGGGCCUCUGAACAGAGGACGAGGACUCAAUUACUGGAAGUUAAGAAGCGACUUGAAUCUGUUGAAGAGAAAAACGAUGGCCAGUUGAAGAGUAUAGAGGCUCGUAUCGAGAAGACUGCAGAGGAUUGCGAGUUUAGAAUCGACAAGCUUUUCACGUCCGUGGCUAAGUCAGACCACCGCAAUAUUGACAAUAUUGACGAUCUGAAGGCAAAUCUGCGGAAACUGGAUGAGGGCACUGAAGAGCAAUUGUCUGAGCUGCGGGCCAAGAUCAUGGAUUUGGAAGGGAUGAAUUCAGCAUCGCAGCGUGAUGAUCUCGAGGCCAGCAUCAGAGAACUAGAGAACUCCGACCUAGAAUCCAGAAGCAUCCAUGCAAAGAUGGAGAGUCGACUUAACGAUAUCGAGCACAGCAUCCGAGAAACAGAAAAUCAUGUAUUCGCAGUCGAAGCCCGACUAAGCGACCUACAAAUCUCCCACGAGCAAGUCAAAAUCACCCAUUCCGAACUCCAGGUCCGCAUCGAAGAACUCGAAGGAGCGAAUGCACAUAAGGAGGAAGCCAUACAUGACCUGGAAGCCAACCUGCAAAUGCUCACUGAAGAUCUCCAGAGGCAGAGAGAUGGCAAUCUUCAUUACCAGAAGACAAUCAAGGAUCAGGUUGAAGCGCAUUUCCUGUUCAUGGAGAUAUCGAACCGGGAUGCAGCGAAAGCAACUGCUAAACGUGAAGAAGAGACGAAAGAGCGGGAACGUGUGAUGGAAGAGAGGAUGAUGAAUAUAUUUGAGAGGAGGCUAGAGAGGAUAGAGAGGAAGAAUGAGGAGGAGAGAGAAGCUAGCAACAAGAAGAUUCAGAGGUUGAGGGAGAAGAAUAGGGAGUUGCAGGGCGAACUGGGUGAGUUGCAAGCGAGGGUUGUGCCGCUGAUCUUUGAGGAUGCGCAGGAUAUGAAGGAGAAGCUUAUUGGUGUUGAGGAGAAGGUUGAGGCGUUGGAGGGGUUGGCUGUCAAGAUGAAGAUGGGUGGGCGGGUCUUGGAGCCGAGGGGGAGAGUGGGGAGUGAGGGUGUGGAGAGGAGGGAGGUGACUGUUUGAUGGAUGGCUUUAUUUUUCUGGAUUUGUUUGGUUUGACUGGGUUAGGCUUGGCUUUUGUUUUUGGAUACCCUUUUUGAAUAAUUAGGAGUUGGGGACUAUGGCGUAGCCGUGGAUGGCUACUGGCCAAUUCUUCGAUGCCUUUUGGAUAUCUGGUAUCUUCUAUCUUCAGGAUAGACUGUACAAAGAAACAGGUGUCAAUUAUUGAUAUCAUGUAUCUUAGAAUUUUGCCGCUUUGCAGCGUUUGGUACAGAUCGUUCGAUAUAGGAAUAUUGACAUGAGCAACUUCUAUUUCCGUCUUUGGACCUGAGCCAUCGCUGCGUGAGCUAGGCUGAAUGAGCAAGAGGUGAGCCGUGGUAACAAAUUAGGGGGCAGAAGUCUAUGCGUUCAGGGCAUUUUUUCCUUUUUAAAAAUUUGAACUUAUCUAAAUAUUAUUGUAAUAUUCUCGCAAGACUUCUUCAUGGGAAAGGCUAAGAAUAUUGAUUUCCAAUAAGAUAAUAGUUAUGACAGCGAAUUUCUCGGAAGCCGAGCUGAUCAUACCAGUACAGCCUCGAUGAAAGAGAAGAGUGAGUUAAGAGGUCUCACGGAUUUUUGAAUCUUCAACCUCGAAUCCACCAAAGCAAAAAGUCUCUCAAAUUCAAGAACGCUUCGUUCCCCACCCCCCGAAAGUGUGAAAACAAGAAGGUCCAAACUACGCAGCAUUUUCUCUUUGUGAAUUGGCAUCGUAUCCACAUCAUCCGGUAACACUCGAUUCAUAAUCCAAAGCUUGGUUCCAAACUUUUCCAUGGCUGGAAUUAGAGGUCUCAAGAUACUCACACAAUCAGCGUCACGCCAAUCUUGCAACACUCGAAUCAAGAGAUAUACGGCAGGCUGUCCGUAUUUAGGUCGCUCAGGCUGUAAUGAAAAGAAAUCAUGAGCCUGGAAGUGCACCCGCUCGUCCAGUCCAUGAGCCAAUGUCAGUCGUUGGGCAGCCUCCUGGUUUGAUGGCUGAUCCUGGAUCUCAAAUAAUACUUUAGGUAAGAAUGGCGCAAUUUCAGCUUCAAUGUGACCGUUGCCACCACCAAUAUCCACGACCACGGCGCCCUCGCUCAAGGACUCCCAAUCAAACCCACGGAGAAAGGGUAAGCUUGAACCACCGGAAUGUAAAGAAAACAGAUCGACCAUUCCUUGACUGAACACUUCCAUCCCUUUCCCCUCUACGUCGUCUUCGAGUUGCUCGUAGCAGCUUCUACCCUUUCUUUUCGGAUCCGCUAAAGCACAUGGCAUCACUGGCGUUCCAUUCAAUACUUCGGUACAUAGCGCAGUUGCAAUAUCAUAGCAGCCCUGAUUGAACAGUUUGCUCAAUCUCAGUCCAACCCAUGCUCUUGAGUUCGGCAACUCGGCACUGAGUGCAGUAUGGUAUAUCAUUCCGCCGUCACCUUGUCUGAAGAGACCCAUCAGGUACGCAAACCGGAGUUGUUUCUCGAAAGCGGGCAUGUUCUUCACGCCAACCUUCCGAGCUACCUCGCAAACCGAGCUUCCCGUAUCCAGAGGCACUACGGCAGCAACGUUCAGGGUAUCCAUGGUACGCAGUACUUCGAUCUCUGUCACACGGGGUCCGGCAUAUGCUGCCAGAAUAUCAGAUGGCCCCAGUACGAAAUUGAGAAGAGUUUGCGAUGUGUCGAUAAGUUUUGAUCGAGCUGCCAGGAUAGAUGGUUGACAUUGGGAAUCUACCCAGUCACUUCGGCCACCAGGAGAGAAUGUUGGUUGCGGUAAGUUGUGUUGAUCAAGCAGCGCUUGGAGAGUGUUUGCCGACUCUUGAAUAGAGCUAGCAAGGCUUCUCAGACUGACACCCUCAACUAAGUCCAUGACGAGGACGAUAAUUCUGCUUUGGAGAAGUGUGAGAAUAGAGGAGAGGUAGAAUCGAACCACUUGCUCAAGACAAAUGGACAAAACAUCAGCUGUAAAGUUCAUACGAUCCCUUCUGCCUCGAUCCGACAGACGUUUGUGAGGACUUCACGUAAUACCCGGCACUGUCGCAGCUGAUCCAAUAAUAUUCACGAGUCUUAUCUUGAUGAAUAUACGCGCCGGUCUUGAGCUUAGGAAAGAACAACGAAACAGGAUCGAGAUGCGUGCAAUCCUCCCCAAGAAAUACCAAGUCCCGUUCCCCGCGGCUGACCUUGAUCUGAAGCGGUGGCGUGGAUGCUAUCACCUGCGGCAUAUAACCAAAGAGGGCUGGAUCAUCUUUCUUGGGAACUGGGACUGCUUUUGACAAUGGUUAGAUGCUGAAAAUACCGGUCUGUUGAUGGCGUGAUGUGUG